AUGAAGACAUUUUUGGGCCUGAUCGUUCUCAUGGGACAAGUAAAGAAGGACGUUCUCUACGAUUAUUGGUCUACAGACCCAUCUAUAGAAACGCCGUUCUUCUCUAAGGUUAUGAGCAGAAACAGAUUUUUACAAAUAAUGCAAAGCUGGCAUUUUUGUAACAAUAACGAUUUUUCUCCCAAUUCGCAUAGGCUGGUGAAGGUCCAGCCUGUCAUCGAUUAUUUCAAGGAAAAAUUUAACAACGUAUAUAAAUCAGAUCAACAAUUGUCUCUAGAUGAAUGUUUAAUUCCGUGGAGAGGUAGACUGUCAAUCAAAACAUAUAAUCCCGCAAAAAUCACAAAAUACGGAAUACUGAUCAGACUGCUGUCUGAAGCUCGUACAGGAUACGUAUCCAACUUUUGUGUGUAUGCCGCUGAUGAAAAAAAAUUAGAAGAGACUGUAUUAUCGGUCAUUGGACCGUAUAAGAACAUGUGGUACCAUAUAUAUCAAGAUAAUUACUGUAAUAGUGUCAACAUGGCUAAAAUUUUUUUAAAAAAUAAAUUGCGAGUUUGCGGGACGAUUCGAAAGAACAGAGGUCUUCCUCAAAUACUUCAAACUGCCAAACUUUCAAGAGGCCAACAUCAAUUUCUUAGAAAUGCCCAUAUUUUAUUACAAGUAUGGAAUAAUGGCAAAAGGAACGUACACAUGAUCUCGACAAUAUUAGGUGUACAAAUAAGUUUUCGCCACCUUCAAAAUACCGGCAGGGUAAAAAUAACACCAUUGAAUCAAAAGAAGAAAUUGAAUCAGAAACAAAUCGAUUGGAAUAGCACAUAA